CUGAAGGUGAUGGGGUUGGAGCUUGCCCCCCUGAGGAUCCCCUUCCACCGGCGUCUAGAGACCUUUGCUGUUCUUCAGUGGUGGUUCUGCUUCAUGUUCCUUGGUAUCUUAUCAACCGUUAUAUCCCUCUAUCUUCUCUUAUUCACAAGUUACUACUGGCUGGUACUCUUACUUGCGGGAUGGAUCUUCUACGACCGCCACACACCUUGCCGCGGGGGUCGAAGGUCGGAUUGGAUACGCCGCUGGAGACUCUGGGUUCACAUGCGGAAUUACUUCCCCAUCAACCUGAUCAAGACGGCAGAACUGGACCCAGAGAAAAACUACCUCAUGGGGUUCCACCCACACGGCAUUAUGAGCAUGGGGGCCUUCGUGAGCUUCGGAACAGAGGCCUGCGGUUUCUCCGAGAAGUUUCCGGCGAUGAGACCUCUCCUUCUGACAUUAGGUGGAUGGUUCAAUUUUCCGUUGGCAAGGGAUUAUAUCAUGAGUGCAGGAAUGUGCGACUGUAGCCGUGAAAGUCUUGACUAUCUUCUGAGUGACAGCGGCAAAGGUAAUGCGGUCGUGUUGGUUGUGGGCGGAGCUAUUGAAUCAUUAGAGGCCCACCCCCAUGCUCAUAGGCUCUACCUGAACAGGAGGCGGGGCUUUAUCGUCAAGGCGAUGGAACAUGGUGCUCAUUUAGUGCCAAUUUACUCCUUUGGUGAGACGGACGUCUACGAGCAGAUGGCGAACCCAGAGGGUUCUUUCCUCCGAUGGCUGCAGGCCAAGCUUACGAAAUGGAUUGGGUUUGCCCCGCCCCUUUACCAUGGAAGAGGAAUCUUCAACUACAGUGUCGGUUUCAUGCCCUUUAGAAAGCCCAUUAAUACAAUCGUUGGUGAACCGAUCCCGGUCGAGAAAAACCCUACCCCGACAUCGGAGGAGAUUCAAGCGCUGCACGAAAAAUACAAGGCCGCCCUCAUCAAGCUAUUUGAUGACAACAAGUCCAAAUAUGGCGUGGAAGCAGACCGAAGGCUGUCAAUUAUCUAAUACUUGUAAUCGAUAUCUCAUUUCGAAUCGUUUUGAUCGAUAUGAUAGGUAUUCUGAGCCAUCGACAGUGGUGCCCAAAAGUUAUUAAACCCCACCAGAAAAUGAAAAUAUUUGAGUUCUGCCAUGUUUUAUAUAUUUAAGUGAAAAGUUAGGUUAGGAAAUAUUACAUUAAGUAAAGUUUGUUUCUCUGGGGUCGCUGAACAUUGUAGUGUAUGUGUUGUCUACAUUCAAAAAGCAAUUUACUCGAGCCCAUUUCAUCUUGUUGGUGCAAGAACGCCCUUAGCAAAACAUUUUCGCACACCACUUUGGUGCAGAAACACCCUUAUGCAAUCCACUAAUAUGCAUGCUGCUAAAGACACACAAAAGUGUGGUGUUAAGGGCGUUAUUGCACUGACACAACAAAUUCCGAAGCCUGAUUCAUGCUCUAAACACCAACCAAUUCUGUGUUAAACUGACACCUAACUCUGCCGUCGUCAUGUGUUUACAUAGAUAUAUGGGCCAAGUAACAUAAAAGAUACAUUCAUACAAUUAAUUGUAACAAUUGUUCUAUGGAAAACCAUCUACAAAACGUUAUGAUCAAUUGUACAUAUAAAGUUAGUGUAUCUCUUUGUGUUACACCCCCCCCUCCCAUCCCUCCAAUGGUAAAGCUAAAUUUGGCAUCUUCACAGCUACCUUAAUAUUAAUAAACAAUGAGACUGGUGUUCAGUAACUGUUCUAAAUCCAUAUUUGGUGAAGGAACUUCAUUUAGACUGUUACUAACACUUUUUGACAUCUUCAUAACAUUAGAGGAAAAUAGAUUCAAGCAAGAUAAUUGAGAAAUCCUGCACUCAAAUUGUCCUUCCAUAGUUUGAUUUUUGUUUAUCUAAGGUUGAAUGUCUUUGAUAUCAUCAUGUGAAAAUUUUAUUAUGAUAUUUUGAUAUUUAAUUUGAUGUGAAAAAAUUAGGAAUACAUUAGAUUUGAACCAGUUUAUAUUUUAACAUUUAUUCUUAUAACAGGGUCUGGGCAAUUUGGCCAUACUAACACAGCUCUAAGGAUUCCAUCACUCUUGGGAUUGACCUAUUCUAUUACAUUCCAUACUAAAUGAUUUACACACUUAAGCCGUCUUCAUUGCCAUGUGCCUUGUUAAUAAAAUGAAACAAAGCUCAUGGAAUUACAGAGAGAAAAAGUAUUGUUUUGACUUCAUUAAUCUACAGGAAAUGAAUGUAAAUUUUUAAAGAAAUGUUAAUUCUGACUACUCUUUUAUGCAAUUCAUGUAUUUUUCAUGUGUAUGAUAUUCAAUAUUUAUCUAUUGUGAUGUUUUGAUGACAUUUGCAAUCAAAAAUAGAUAAGAAAUCUUGCAAAAUGUAUGUGUACUGUACCCUGCUGCCUCAAUAAAGCCUUUGUAAAUAUAAAUAAACAGGGUGUAUACAUAAUUAAAUUUAUUUCAUACUGAUUGUAAUUUUUAAAAGAUAUUUUUUUAAAUCAUCUAAUAUUGACAGUGCUUUAUAUAACCAUUCAAUUUAGUUUCUAAUUCUAAUAGUCACUGUCAUGAAAAGCUCAGUACCACCGCAGAGUGGUAAAAGUUCCAACAACUCUUUUUUUUACAUUUUGUAAGGCAUAGAAUGGGUGAAAAGCAGGCAGCAUUUUCAAUCUACAUGGUAUGAUAUAAAAAAGAUAAAUAUUUGUUGCUAUACUUAUAUUUCAAAUUUCAUAUUUAUGCCUGGAAUUAAAUAUGAUAUUGCAUUAUAUACCUUCUAUGAAUAUUCAUGA